AUGGCUGAAGGUUUGUUGAUUGUUAUUGAUGGCAACACAAACCAGAGCAAAUGUCCAACUGAUCGAUUGCCCGAGGAAUGACCGGCUGCCGGCCGGCGCUUACCCAAACCCCUCUGCAAAUGCAGGGUUUUUUUAAAAAUUGUUUUGAUGGAAAGGAAGCGGGGCAUUUGUUUUCAGUUUGCUCUCCUUGGAUAAUGGAUACGGUAGGCGGUCCUUCGGCACCCUUCUCAGGGACGUCUCAGGCGAGCGGCUAAAUCAGUUUCGACCCAGCAGCCGGGUUUCCUGCCGAUGAGUGGUGUGGGGAAUAAACUAGCGGCUGGAGGCUGCGAAACUUUCCGCGCUGGUUAGCGCUUAGCGGUGGAGUGCAGGAGAGGAGCUUCUGAAAAUGGGAUUCGACUUGGAGCGUUUCAGCGAGGAAGUGGACCCCGACUUUAAAUGCAACUUGUGCAACAAAGUGCUGGAGGACCCGCUCACAACCCCUUGCGGGCACGUCUUCUGCGCCGGCUGCCUCUUGCCCUGGGUGGUGCAGCGGGGCAACUGCCCGGUGAAAUGCCGUCGUGUGGCCACCAAGGAGCUGAACCACGUCCUGCCCUUGAAAAACCUCAUCCUGAAGCUGGAGAUCCGCUGUGACAACCACGGGCGAGGUUGCGACAAGGUGGUGCGGUUGCAACACUUGGCAGAGCACACGGAGAUGUGUGAUUACUCGCCGGCCGUGUGCGGCCACAAGGGCUGCGGGGAGUCGCUCAACCUGAAGGACGUGGACGCGCACAUGCGGGAGAGCUGCGAGCAGCGGCCGGUCGGCGUGUGUCGGCGCGGCUGCGGGCUGGUGCUGGUGCACGGCGAGCAGCGGCGGGGCUCGCACUGCUGUGUGCGGGCGCUGCGGGCUCAGGGCGGAGCGCUGCAGGGACGCCUGGCCGGCCUGGAGCGGGAGCUCAAGCUGCAGCGGGACCGCUCCGGCAAGCGGCAGAAAGCGCUGCACUCGCAGCUGUCCGCGCUGCAGAACGAGGCGCAGGUGACAGCUCUCCGCUACCAGAAGAAAUUCACCGAGUACAGCGCCAGGAUACGCUCGCUCACCAAAAACCUCCCUGCUCAAUGCAACGGCGGAGAGCCAUUGACCAUCAUUAUGCAGAGAGACGCGGGUUCCCUGGGAUUUAAUAUUAUCGGCGGCAGACCUUGUUCGGAAAAUCAAGAAGGCACGACAUGCGAGGGGAUUUUUGUGUCAAAAAUAGUGGAUAAUGGACCGGCAGACAAAGAAGAUGGACUGCAAAUCCACGACAGAAUUCUCGAGGUUAAUGGCAAGGACUUAUCCCGAGUCACUCACGAGCAAGCAGUAGAAGCCUUUCGAACGGCCAAAGAACCCAUUGUAGUGCAGGUGCUACGCAGAACUCCGCGCACUAAAGUUCUUAAUGCAUCGCAUGAGUGUCAACUUGUGGAUAUGGGCACGCAGACAGAUAUCACCUUCGAACACAUCAUGGCACUGGCUAAAAUAAGACCACCUUCUCCACCUGUUGUGGUGAUGGAGCAAUAUCUUUUACCUGAAGAACAUCCAUCGGGACUGGACUAUUAUGAUUCAAAUGACUAUUUUCAAGGAUUACAAACUGAAAUUGACAGAGAAGAAUUAGAAUAUGAGGAAGUGGAUCUGUACAGACUGCCAGGGAAGGACAAGCUUGGUCUCACAGUUUGCUACAGAACAGAUGAUGAAGAUGACACAGGAAUAUAUGUCAGUGAGAUUGAUCCAAACAGUAUUGCAGCAAAAGAUGGUCGCAUUAGGGAAGGAGACCGAAUAAUUCAGAUAAAUGGCAUUGAGAUCCAAAACCGAGAAGAAGCUGUAGCAUUACUUACUCGUGAAGAAAGCAAGAACAUUUCCCUACUUUUGGCCAGGCCUGAACUGCAGUUGGAUGAAGGCUGGAUGGAUGAUGAUCGAAAUGAUUUGCUGGAUGAUUUGCAUCUGGACAUGUUGGAAGAGCAACAUAAUCAAGCUAUGCAGUUUACAGCAAGCAUGCUGCAAGAGAAAAAGCAAGAUGAUGAUGAGGGGACAACAGACACAGCCACUAUUUUGUCCAACCAGCAUGAGAAAGACAGUGGCGUUGGACGCACAGAUGAAAGCACACGCAACGACGAGAGUUCUGAGCAAGAGAAUCUUGGGGAUGACCACACCACCCCCACUGCCUUGAGAGUCAUGUGCAACUAUGACACCCUUGGAAGCAGAGACUUGCAGUUCAGUCGUGCGUCCUUCAUUUCCCGGGACUACGCAGAUCCAGAUUUUCUUUGCGUUCCCUCUGAUGGCUGUGAAAGGUUCCGUGAUCUGCUGGAGUUAAAGUAUCAGAUGCAGAGUGACAAUCAGUAUGGCCUUCACUGCCGUGGCAGCGCUGUGGGUCUCAGUAAGAAUGACCAGGAAAUUGUUGACAGAGAACUGGAAAUGCUGAAUGAAGAAUUGCGCAACAUUGAGCUUGAGUGUCUUAACAUUGCACGAGCCCAUAAAAUGCAACAAUUGAAAGAGCAAUACAGGGAGUCGUGGAUGUUACACAACAGUGGUUUUCACAACUACAACACCAGCAUCGAUAGCCGCAGCCGUGAACUCUCUGAUAUUACAGAACUACCAGAAAAAUCAGAUAAGGACAGCUCGAGCGCAUACAACACUGGUGAGAGUUGUCGAAGCACACCGCUAACGUUAGAUCUGUCUCCAAACAACUCAUUGUGCAGGGUGUUUGAGAACCUGAACAGUCAAAGUAAUGAGGCGUUGGCAAGCACCACUGCCAAAAUGCCACUUCUAUCCCAUACAAUGAGCCUUGCAAAAUCCAACUCGGCUACGAAAGAACCUGACCAUUGCCAGCAAUCUGACGGAAAGGAUGAGAGUCAAGCUGUGCAGUGCAACAAAAGCCAGGCUUUCCCCCAGAGCUCCACCUGUCCAAUCUCAUACCAUAACUCGCCCUAUAGACAUGCUCAUAUCCCAGCACAUGCUCAACACUACCAAAGCUACAUGCAGUUGAUACAGCAGAAGUCAGCUGUGGAGUAUGCACAGAGCCAAAUGAGUCUUGUUAGUAUGUGCAAAGAACCUUCCUAUCAUGAAUCGUCAAGUCACUUACAACCCAAGAUGGAGUGGAAGGUAAAGGUCCGUAGUGAUGGGACCAGAUACAUCACCAAACGUCCAGCCAGAGACCGCAUCCUGAAGGAACGUGCCCUGAAAAUUAAAGAAGAACGUUGUGGUAUGACAACUGACGACGACGCCAUAAGUGAGAUGAAAAUGGGGCGCUACUGGAGUAAGGAGGAACGAAAGCAGCAUCUGGUACGUGCAAAAGAGCAGAGAAAGCGGCGGGAAUUCAUGAUGCAGAGCAGGUUGGAAUGCUUGAAGGAGCAGCAGAGCACGCAGGAGAAGAAAGAGUUCAACAUCAUUGAACUUAGCCACAAGAAAAUGAUGAAGAAAAGGAGUAAGAAGAUUUUUGACAAUUGGAUGACAAUCCAGGAACUUUUAACUCAUGGGGCAAAGUCACCUGAUGGAACCCGGAUAUAUAACUCACUCUUGUCAGUAACAACCGUAUAAGUUAGCGUUUCCAUGGUGUAAUUUAAGUACUACCAUCUGAGGUAGAAGCCAUCUUGCCUCGUUAAAAGUGGCAAUUCUUGUAAAUGUAUAAAACACAUAACUUCUCCAGCUGUAACUGGAGAAUCCAUCAGUAAAUAACAAUGCUAACAAGGUUAAUCCAUAUGUGCCUUUUCAAAGGCAACAAUAAAACAAACAACAGCAGGCCUAAUACUAUAAUUGCUCUUCACUUUGCUUCAGAUCUAUUCAUUAAUAGGUCCUUAAAUACAUGUGCCAAUAGACUUUAAUCACUGUCAAUUUUUUACGAACUUAAGACUCCAACUGUUUUAUAUAUGAAAUCUUACAUGCCAAAAUUUGCUGUUUCAAUUGCUACACAAAAAUAUCUCACUCUUUAUACUUUUGUCCAUGUUCACUGCAACUUGUUCAAACUUUUCAGGAUCUUCCCAAUGAAAACCUAACUUUUGCUGACUUACAACCUGUCGUAAAUUAGAGAUGGUUUUUGCAUGUAUAUAAAUUUCAUGUUUAUAGCAAUGAUUGUGGGAUUGUGAACACACUUUGUAGUUAAUAUGUGCUUUGUAGGCAUUGACGUAUUGAAUAAAUACAGCUAAAUGAGCAUUUAGUUAGUUACACACUCCAUGUCUUGUAUAAAAUGAAAAUAAUUUAUUGUUUUUAUAUUUUAGAUUUCAGCUGGGCAUUGUAUGACUUAAAAUAAACAAUAUUAAUUGCA